CGUGUCGUCAAUGGGAAGCACGCGCGACGCUGGCAAAGCGAGUUACGGGUCGAGAUUGCAAUCCGCGGCUGCACCAUGCUCUCCAGGACCAUCCCGUGUCUGUGGAUUACAUUUUGCCUUCACUUAUGCUGUCAUGUAGACAGCGGAGAAGCACAGAAUGCGAAGGAAGUGAUUCUGCUGGACUCCAAGGCACAGCAGACAGAUCUGGAGUGGAUCUCCUAUCCUCCCAAUGGGUGGGAAGAGAUCAGCGGCUUGGAUGAGAACUACACUCCCAUUCGCACAUACCAGGUUUGCCAAGUCAUGGAGCCCAAUCAGAAUAACUGGCUUCGGACUAACUGGAUAGAGAAGGGCAAUGCCCAGAGAAUUUUUGUGGAACUGAAGUUCACCUUGAGGGAUUGUAACAGCCUACCCGGAGUGGUGGGCACAUGCAAGGAGACAUUCAACCUGUAUUACCAGGAAACAGAUUCGGAGGUGGGCAGGAGCCUGCGCGAGAACCAGUAUGUGAAAAUUGACACGAUCGCCGCAGAUGAAAGCUUCACCCAGGGCGACCUGGGCGAGAGGAAGAUGAAGCUGAAUACAGAAGUGCGCAUCAUCGGCCCCCUGUCCCGGCGGGGCUUCUACCUGGCCUUCCAGGACGUCGGGGCGUGCAUCGCCCUGGUCUCUGUCAAAGUCUAUUACAAGAAGUGUUGGUCCAUCAUCGAGAACCUGGCCACGUUCCCGGACACGGUGACGGGAUCAGAGUUCUCCUCGCUGGUGGAGGUCGAGGGCAUGUGCGUGAGCGACGCCGAGGAGGAGGCCGACAACUCUCCCAAGAUGCACUGCAGUGCCGAAGGGGAAUGGCUCGUGCCCAUUGGGAAAUGUAUAUGCAAAGCUGGAUUUCAUCAGAAAGGAGACGCAUGUGAACCGUGUGGUCGAGGUUUCUACAAGUCUUCCUCCCAGGACCUCCAGUGCUCUCGCUGUCCGGCGCACAGCUUGAACGACCGCGAGGGCUCCUGGCGCUGUGACUGCGAGGACGGCUACUACCGAGCCCUCUCCGACCCUCCGUCUGUGGCCUGCACAAGACCUCCCUCUGCGCCACAGAACCUGGUCUACAACAUCAACCAGACCAGCGUUAGCCUGGAGUGGGGCCCGCCGGCGGACACAGGCGGCCGCAACGACGUCACCUACAGGGUCGUAUGCCGGCGCUGCAGCUGGGAUCCCGAGGAGUGUGUUCCCUGUGGGCCCAAUGUGGGAUACUCCCCCGCACAGUCAGGAUUAGUGGACACGUAUGUGACCGUCAUGGACCUGCUCGCCCACGCCAACUACACUUUUGAGGUGGAGGCUGUCAACGGGGUGUCGGACCUGAGCCGCACGCAGAGGCUGUUUGCGGCGGUUAGCAUCGCUACUGGCCAAGCGGCUCCGUCCCAGGUCAGCGAGGUCAUCAAGGAGAAAGUGCAGCAGCGCAGCAUCCAGCUGUCCUGGCAGGAGCCCCAGCAACCCAACGGCGUCAUCACAGAAUAUGAAAUCAAAUACUACGAAAAGGAUCAGAAGGACCGGGUGUACUCCACGGUGAGGUCAAGGUCCACAUCGGCCACAGUGAACAACCUAAAGCCCAGCACGGCCUACGUGUUCCAGAUCCGGGCCUUCACCGAGGCCGGCUACGGAACCUACGGCCCCAGACUGGAGAUCACCACCAAGGAGGAGACCACAGCGGCGAUCGUCUCCAGCGAGCAGAACCCCGUCAUCAUCAUCGCGGUGGUGGCCGUGGCGGGGACCAUCAUCCUGGUGUUCAUGGUGUUUGGCUUCAUCAUCGGGAGAAGGUACGCUCUCGCGGGCCCCAUUGACUCUCCGCUCCUGCACUGCGGGUACAGCAAAGCUGAUCAGGAGGGAGACGAAGAGCUCUACUUCCAGUUUAAAUUUCCAGGCACCAAAACCUACAUUGACCCUGAAACCUACGAGGACCCAAACAGGGCUGUCCAUCAAUUUGCCAAGGAGCUGGAUGCCUCUUGCAUUAAAAUCGAGCGGGUUAUUGGAGCAGGAGAGUUCGGGGAGGUGUGCAGCGGGCGGCUCAAGCUGCCCGGAAAGCGGGACGUGUCGGUGGCCAUCAAGACGUUAAAGGUCGGCUACACGGAGAAGCAGAGGCGGGACUUCCUGUGCGAGGCCAGCAUUAUGGGACAGUUUGACCAUCCCAACGUCGUUCACUUGGAGGGAGUCGUGACCCGAGGAAAACCGGUGAUGAUCGUCAUCGAGUACAUGGAGAACGGCUCAUUAGACGGUUUCCUCAGGAAACACGAUGGUCAGUUCACAGUCAUCCAGUUGGUGGGGAUGCUGCGGGGCAUAGCAGCGGGGAUGAGAUAUCUCUCCGAUUUGGGAUACGUCCAUCGGGAUCUGGCUGCGCGGAACAUCCUCGUCAACAGCAAUCUUGUAUGUAAAGUGUCUGACUUCGGCCUGUCAAGGGUGAUAGACGACGAUCCCGAGGCUGUCUACACAACAACUGGCGGCAAAAUCCCCGUCCGAUGGACCGCGCCGGAAGCCAUACAGUAUCGUAAAUUCACCUCUGCAAGUGACGUAUGGAGUUAUGGCAUUGUCAUGUGGGAGGUCAUGUCCUAUGGGGAACGGCCCUACUGGGAUAUGUCCAAUCAAGACGUCAUAAAGGCGAUAGAGGAGGGCUACCGUCUUCCCGCCCCAAUGGACUGUCCGCCAGGCCUGCAUCAGCUAAUGCUGGACUGCUGGCAGAAGGACAGAGCCGAACGUCCCAAAUUCGAUCAGAUAGUUGGCAUCCUUGAUAAGAUGAUCCGCAACCCUAACACCUUGAAAACCCCAGUGGGAACAUGUACAAGACCAAUUAGUCCACUGUUGGAUCAGAGCACACCAGACUUCACCGCUUUCUGCUCAGUGGGAGAGUGGCUGGAAGCCAUCAAGAUGGAGCGAUACAGAGACAACUUCACAGCGGCUGGCUACAGUUCCCUGGAAUCUGUGGCCAGGAUGUCAAUCGAGGACGUGAUGAGUUUGGGGAUCACGCUGGUGGGCCAUCAGAAAAAGAUCAUGAGCAGCAUACAGACUAUGAGAGCCCAGAUGCUGCAUCUCCACGGCACGGGUAUCCAGGUGUGACCGACUGUGACGGGCCGAAGCAAAAACAGAACUUAUCUGGAGCAGUGCCUGGGACCGGAGCGGGAUAAUGGUCAAAGUAAACGGACAUGUGUUCAGGCUGACUCGUCCGGCUGUGUCUGGAGCGAAAUCAUUCCUUUGUUCCUCAGUGAAGGAUUGUGGUCCGCCUCUUUAAAGGGCACUAAAGAGAGGAGAAGGGCAAAAAACAGCAACAAAAAAAAGAAACUACCUGGACGAGAUGACUUUCUUUUUUCUUCUUCUUUUUUUCUAUUUGUUUUUUUAGAAGCGCUUAUGAACUCAAUCAUAAACAUAUCAAAUGGCGCAUUGGAAAGGAGUUUGACGCUUCUGUUUUCUUUCACUUAAUGAAUGAUUUAAGUGCACACCGAGGCUAUGGACUUCCUUUAAAAAGAACAAAAAAAACAACUUGUCUACUUGCGGUGGUUUCACUUCCUUUUUUCUGAUUUGUUGAUUUUCUUUCUGUGUGCCACGGUGACAUGUUGUGGCUCAUGUGGCAAUUUUUUUUGGGACUUGACAACAGGGUAAACUCUCUUUUAUCCAAACACAGAGGGAACUUUUUAGGUGCAGAUUCAAAGGUACUUUUUGUGCUGACACAUGCUGGACUGUUUGAACUGUUUGCAGUGACUCAUGUUUUCCUUCAUGUGAUGUUGAAGUGAAAAUGGUAUCCUCACACGCUUGUUUGCAGCCUACAGGAGUGGGUUUUUGACGUGAUUUCAACCUUUUAAUUCUUUUUAUUGCGGAACUUUCUGAAGAGUGCAACACUGAACAGACUUUUAUAUCAGAGUAGCAAUAUCCUUUGUCUUAGUGUUCACUACAGGAAACGCAGAACAGUUACUUGGUUAUUGAGUAGAAUGUUGAAAGAUUUUAUUGAAAUUGAAGCCACCGCAAAUUGUUUUGCCGUCAUUUUGCCUAAAAUGUUGCACACACAGUUUUUGUUUUCGGUGCUUUGUUCAGCUGCAAAUACAGUUUUUUAAGGGUGGAUCCAAGAACGGUGUAGACGUAAUACUGCCUUAAAAUAUGUUGAUGAAGUAUUGCCACUAUUUUAGGCACUUCAAUGGCAAUGCUUUCUGCAUUCAUUUAAAAGGUGGACAAGCUCCCUACUUUAUGUUUUCCUUGUAGCGUGAUGUCUUUUUAUCUGGAACUUGAACUGGUGAAAUUGAGUGCACAGACACGGUUUAAUGCCACAUAGACACAGUCAGCAGAAGGAGAGACGGACUAAACAGAGCAAUAAUUACCAGGUAGAAAUGGUCCUGACCUGAGAUUUUAAGGUGCUAGGUUUUAUUGUAUGUGAGUUCUGUGCUGAGACAAACCCUUUGGAAAGAUUCCGUCACCGCUGGAAUGGAAAGGAAAGGAAAGGAAUGGAUAGGAAAGGAAAGUAACUCUUUGACCUAAAAAUGGUUUGAAAAGGGCUCGGAAAACAGCCGUGCCAAGUCAUCAAAUGAAAUCAUCAUGUUGUGUUUUGCCACUAUGAUAUGCGAAACGUUUGAUGGGAAUCUAACGCGGCAUGGAAAUGUUGACUCGAGUGGCUACAGAGAUGAAAGAGGCACCAUUAGAAACAUAAGGAAGGUGCCAAUCAGCCAUGCUGACAUCAUCUUUCAACACCAACGCGCCGUCCACGAAUCAAAUAGUCCCUUCAGGGUAUAGGUCUGAAAAUGUCAGACCAACCGAUGGAGCUGGAGUCAGACGCAGAUCGUGCUGUUACAUCCCACCGUCCCAGUUCUGUAGGCCGCCAUGCAGCUCCCCAGUUUAUUCAUGCGUCUCCGCCGCUCAUCCCUCACAGGCGUAGAUGUGACAGAACAUGCAUUAUAGUGUCUCUUAAGAUUGCUCCACUUUUCUUCCAUAAGGCGUUGUAUGGGGAACAGAGACGAGGGGAGGCUUUGCAGAAGAUGUGCUAAAAGCCAAUCAACCUAUUCGGUGCCAUCUGUCUCCACUUCACAUACAAAAAAAGGAGAAACUUUCCAUGUUGAGGAUGUUUUAGUGCAGUAUUCUUUGAUAAGAGAAUGCAGUUAUUCAGCUGUCAUGUAAAGAGGUGUUCUUAGGGUCCAUAUUUUCUACUGCUGCUGCAACUUGAGAUAAAUCAAUUUUUUUUUUUUUAAAUACGGUAAUUUCUUUCUACAGUUUUCAACCUCAAAUGCAAAGAAACAGGAAUCAUCAACCCUGACCUCACUCACAAAUUGUAAAACAAUGACUAGCUUUCUUCAUUCUCUCCAUUCUCUCAAAAACUGCAUCCACAAUAAGCCAGCUACAUUUAAAAACACGUUUUUCUGUCCGUUUUGGCCCAAUGUCCCGACUAAUAUGGUUCGGAGCCUUUAGAAAAGGGUCUCCAGGGUGGAUACACGUGAAAGGUGAGGGAAAGAUGUAAGCCUGCCAAGACACUAUUGAGUAAAGUCUGUCACAUAUAACGGUGUAGCUAUAAUCUUGAAACGGAUAAAAAAAACAGCAAACACUUUUGUGUUUGCACAGUUAUGCUUUUGGAACGCAGACAGUAUAAUUUGGCCAUAACCCUCUCUGUGAUCGCUGAUUUUAAAUGCUAAUGUAGCUCAUCACACAAUACAGGUGUUCUCAUUAAUCCUGUUUAUCUUGAUAACGUUGUGAUCAUAAAAUGAUGAUUGGGAUUCAACUAACGAGUGUUAUCAUUAUAAAUGACCCUGCCGAUUAUCUUCUAAGUAAAUCCAUUGGUCUAUAAAAUAGGGAGGACUGCCCAUCACAUUUUGUCAAAGCCGAGUUUACAACUUAACUGUCUGAAAUCCAGAGAUGUUUAAUUAACUAGCACGGAGGACUAAAACAUCCAGCAAUAUAAUAAGAGCUUUUGGCACUUUUGCGUUAGUCAGUCAUACACUUUCUGUUGUCUAUUCAUGAACUAAUUAUAUCAGCUCUGGAUCUCAUUAGCACAGUUGGAUAGGAAUGACUUCCUUUUUAACAGGUAAUAUUGAUGAUCUGCAAUCAAAUCAAUAUUUUAUACUUGUUCUAUUGUCUGACAACAGAAAAAAAGUAAAUGAUGCUGACUACGUGCUGAGUUUGGCUGUAUGAAUAAUGCCCAGUAGAUUUGACCAGGUGAGACUCCCCAGGCCCUGUCUGAGCCACUGUUUACCAGAUGUUGGCUGAGAUGUGCCGUCUUGUUGUCCACCGACAAAAAAGACUACAUUUCCUGUUUUCCUGAGAACGGAUCUUAAAGCUAUAGUGCGUAGUUUCUGUCUCACACCCCAGGGUAGAAUGGCUCUGUCCCCUUCUUUUCUGUGCUGGGGAAAACAGUAGUUUGAGCCAAUUUGAGAUUAAAGCCAGGAUACAAUCGAUUCAGCGUCUAAGUCACCUCUAACCCUUCACCAACAGAAGUCACGUCACCGUCUCGUUCAGCUUGUUUCAUCCACAGUUUAAACUUCAGGUUGCUCAGCUCUGGACAGGAAACGUUUUGUUCUGGUUCUAUUUCAGCAUAAAAACUCAAAAAGAUUACAAAAUGUAAAAAAAAAAAAAAAUGCAAGAAACAGACACGUGCAGGUUGUCGAGGGUGGGUUUGAAUCAGGACUAGCAGAUAAAGUAUGAAGUUAUUUUUCAAAACUUGGCUCAGCAGUUGGAAAUGAGUUCCAGCGCUCUGGCGAGGCGGUGGAUAGAUUCCAAAGAGUGCAGCACUGUUGAUUGUGUCAGAGCGAGAAUAGAUUUGAGGGAAUCUUUGUAUAUGUUCUAAUUGUAAAACUUGUACAUUUUAUUUAUAUUGUUUUUUACACAUAUUACUCAGUAGAGAGCUCUGAAUACAUUGAAAAUGCACUAUAUUUUUCUAUCUCGCAGAUGAAUUAUUGUCACCCACAACAUUUCAGUUGUACAUAAUGUUUCAUUUAGGACCAAAGACGGCUGAUAGGAUUUCCAUCUUUACUCUGACUUUGUUUUUGAUUUAGACUUUUAGUUUGUUGUACAGUAAUACAAAUUGUCAAUUUAUUAUUUAUUUUUCUGUGAUAAAAGUAUUGAGAACAUUUACUGGUCAAAAGUAUUUUCCCCAAACGCCGAACUGUAAGAUCAUUUAAUUAGACAAUUUCUUGUUACAUAGACAAAUCAUUUUGCUUUGUAACCUUUGUAAUAGACUGUACAUAUAUUUUUGGAAAUAUAAUACAUUCUCUAUAGAAGUUUUGGGUGUCCUUCGCAGUGUUUUUUUUUUUUUUAUCAUAACCCUGAAUCAUUUUCAUCCCAGGGGUGGUGUUCAUUUGUUCAGCUAUUUUUUUUAGAUUUAUAAUCUUGGGAUCAGAAGUCCAUGUGAGUUUUGGUCAU